UACAAAGUCUGCCAUCUUCUGCAGAUAACAUUCGUCAUUGUGAAAGUUUAGACCACGAGCUCACCCCUUAAGCAUUCAAAUUUAAUCAAAACUCAGACAACAGACCGGCCAAUGUGGAGACUUGUAGACAAAAGAGCGGCGCGCCCCCGGGGUCGGGGUUGACCUGGGUUUAGGAGAGAGGGUCGGAGGGGGUCCCUCAUAGCGACAGUUCUCCAUCUGCCGCUCUGCCAUUCUCUGAACAAUGGAGCUGAAUCAAUCACCGCCAACCUGUGUCUCCUGCGCCACCUCUCCACUCCAGCGCCCCCCUCCUCUCUCUUUUUUUACGCUACAGUGGCAGCAGGCCUGACCUAGUGCAGGAUUUGUUUGGAAUUAUCAUGCAAAUAAAAAAACACGUUUGGGCACGAGCUGUUGAGGAGAUGCUGCAAACGAGUGGAACAGAGAACUGUGCGUCAAUGUUUACACUGCGUAAAAAUGAUCAUAAAUGAUUGGAGACUGUGAGUACAAGUUACUCCAAAAUGCAAAUAGCACAAAAGAGUUUAUCACAAUCAUGUUUAUUUGACCAGGUCUGCACGGGAAAGACGGAGCACCAAAUGGAGCUGUGCGUAAAAGUUUGGUUCAAAUGCGUAAACUUGGUGAUAAGGUGGUUUUAUUGAAGUUUGAGCACAUUUAGAGAUCUGGUGGUUCUGCUUACAAAGAAAAGAACGAUUGCAGUAAACUUUGAAAGUUCUCUUGUAGUUCUUCUGUAACUCUAUGCAGUGCGUGUGGCCCCGAAGUCCCUAGAGUAAAUAAAUAAAAACCGAGCGAGUAUUUUGAAGGACAGCUGAUGAUCACGUGGUCCACACUGGCCUGCAGCGCAGAUUGCGCAGCAGCACGCACAGCGUUCUGGCACGCGCUGGUCAUUUGCAUUUGUAUGGGGUGCAGUGAUAAUAGAGGGCUUCUGUGCGCACAAUAGGGCUGUUUUAUGGCCGGCCUCUAGUCCACAGAUGGCAUCAUCCACCUGCCCUUUCUCUCUGCUGCUGCUCGGCCAAGAGUGGAGGAGGGGGGAAGGGUGUUUCACACUUUCUCCAUGUAGAUGCUGAAAACACCAGGCAAAAAUAAAAAAAUAAAUGGAAGAAAUAAGAGUUUGAAAACUUUUAUUUGUGUAAAAAUCUAUUCAAACCUUUUUCAUAGUCAGAAAAAAGUAGUUUGUGAGAUUAGUAGUUCUCUGUAAACCUUUUGUUUUGUUCCAGGAAGGUAAAACUUCUGUGCAUGAUGAAAAGUUUUUAUAAACAAAUGCAAAAGUGAAACUGACCUCCAGCAUGGAUCCCUCCACAGUGCAUCAGCUGCUGUGUUUCUCUCAUUUUAACAAAAGUGCCACACACUGAUCAAACUUUCUUUUUUUAAUGAAGCUAUUUUUAGUUUUAGUCCAGUCUGCUGCAGCUCAGAGGGGGGAGCGUGCGUGGCUCGAUGACCCCCAUCAAUCUGCCACGAGCCAGAGUGUGACAAUAGCAUUAUCAUACCAAUACACCAUUCAGCUUCAGCCAAUCAGAGCGCAGGGCUUUCACUGUGCCGCACGAGCUGAAGAGUAUAAAAGAGGGAGGCAGCUGCUCACUCUUCACUCUGCUCCUUUUGCGGAUUUGCUCAAACGAACAAACUUUCCCUAACUCUCGCUUUGCGGAAUUAUCUCGACCGUCUUCAUCAUGACUCUUGAGGAAGUACUGAUCCAGAAGCCCACCGAGCGUGCCCAGUGCACCGGCCAAGCCCUGGAGGAGGUCCUUGUUGCUGCUAAAGACAACGACUCCCUCACCGUGGGUGUCUACGAGUGCGCAAAAGUGAUGAACCUGUAAGUAUGAGUUCUCAGCUGAAGAUUUAAAGCAUAUACAAUAUUAGGAUUCAGUUGAUAUUCUGCUUUAGUUAACUUUACGUUGAAAACUCAUGGAUGUUUUUCUUUUGUGACUACAGUGACCCGGACAGCGUGUCUUUCUGCGUCCUGGCCAUGGAUGAGGAGUUUGAGUGUGACAUCGCUCUGCAGAUCCACUUCACCCUCAUCCAGUCCUUCUGCUUCGACAACGACAUCAGCAUCGUCAGAGUCAGCGACAUGCAGAAGCUGGCUGAGAUUGUCGGCGAUAAGGCCGAGCAGCUGGAAGACGCCCACUGUGUCCUCAUCACGGUAUGUGGAGCUCAAUCACUGAUAUCUCAACCUGAAUAAUUGAUCAAGUUCUUAAAGCUGUGAAAGACACCUGAGUCUGACUCUGCCUCUCUUCUCUUGUGUGAACAGAACCCCGCUGAUGGGUCUUGGGAGGACCCCUCUCUGGAGAAGCUGCACCUGUUCUGUGAGGAGAGCCGGCGUCUGAACGACUGGGUCCCUGAGAUCAGCCUCCCAGAGCGUUGAUUUGGGACUCAGCUCCUCUCUUUUGCUCAGAUGCUGUAAAGCUUCUUAUCUGGAAAUACUCAUCCUGAUGAACAGGAUGACCCUGUUUCUGCUCAUCCCUGGAUACUCCUGAGGAGGAUUCCCGUCCAGGCAGCACGGCGCCGGCCCGAGGGGCCCCCGUGAUCGUCGCCUCUUGUUCCGUCCAUGCCAAGAUGACUCUCAUUCUUUGUGUGAAUGAGGUCAGGUAUGCCACAAGAGCGACACAUCGACCCUCAUUCUUUGUGCGGAUGAGGUUUGGAGAGGAAGGAGAAGCGAGUUCUGCGUCCUGUGGCUCCCACAGAGCAAAUGUCGCAUCUAGAAGCACGCGCAGCAGGAGAAGAAGCGGUGCUGAGAAAGAGGCGUCUUUGAAAAGGGACUUUUUAGAGAUGGCCUCUUCGCUGAGCAACAUGACAACAGUUGCAAACAGCGGAAAUGUUUCCCACUUUCCAGAAUUGUCUUAAUUCUCUAAAGGUUUCACUUUAGAAAUUUAACAUGACAAAAUUUAUCAAAUGUUAAAAAAAAGAGAAAGAAAAAGAAAAUGAACAGUCACUCCUCUAAAGGUUUCACUUUAGUAAAUGACUGGAUUAACUUAAUAUUUUAAAAUGAAUAGAAAUUGUAUUUUUAGACCUUACAUUAUAUAGAACACUGAAGUGAUCAGACUGAUUAUGUUGUGAUCAUGUUGGAAAAAUGUUGGAAACGAACUUAACCUAGCAGUCUCACCUCUGAAGUUGUUGGAGAUUGUGAAGUUGAAGUGAUCAAUAAAAUAUCAAAAAUAUAACUUUUUUGCUGUGAUGUGUUUUCACUUUCUCUCGCAAGGCAAAGUUAGGGCUUCAGUGUUUUUGUUUUGUGUGGGUGUGACAGGUCAGAGAGAAGGAAAGACACGGGAGGAGGGGGGGGGUUAUGAAACUAACAAAAGUGUAAACUCAGCAGAUUUGCAUGUAAGGCGCUACAGUCUGUCAUCUGCUCUCUGUGGAGAAAAAAAACCCUCCACGGUCCCUCCUCCAACAGGACUCAUCUGCAUGUGUAUAGCGCACAGCACAAUAGCGCAGCUCCAGGCUUGUCAGCUCCAGCGGUCCGCACAGAGCGCCAUUGUCUGUCCUGCAGAUGUCUCUGCAGCCACGCCGCGCCAUCUGCCGCUUCCUGCAGGUGGGGGUCGGGCAGGGCGUGUGUGGGAGGAGCCGUGGGGGUCAGUCAGUUUGCAGUGCCAGAGGGGUGCAAGACGGGUUUGGUCUGGCUGGUUUGGGCCGGUUUUAGUCAUGAUGAGGGGUCGUGGAUAUCAUCUGGUGUCCUGCC